UGCGGGUCAGGAGUUCAGUAGGUCGUGGUCCUUGUGUUGUCACAUGGUUGUCAAGGCCGCUCAAUGGAAACGCACUUUAGUGCGUUCCAUUGAGCGGCCGUGGUCUUGUAUUGCACUGUAACGAACUACUAUGAAGUUCCAGGACUUCUCGAACUUACGCACUCCAUGCACAUUAGGCGGGGGAAAAAAACGCCUGCGCCUACUGUCGACUGUCGUGCUGUGCCUGCACCGAAAAAAUCGAGCUGCACAAUUUCUUAACUCGUGAUUCGCCUUGAACUGUUUCACACAGACGUGCAGGCGACUCGAACCAAUGGUCGAACGCAUCUGCGCAACGCCAGCCUCUGGCCAGCCUACAGUCAAAUAUGCGGGACCUUGAGCAAUGUCCUGAGACCAUAGGGUUGCAUACAAUCAUAGAGUUUAUCACUAGUAAUACAGUGAGAAGCUCUAUGCAUACAAUAAUUAUUGUACGAAACUCUGCCUGAACGCCUGGCCUGAGGCCAUCUGAGGCAGAGUUUCCUACAAUACUUAUCAUAGAAUAAAGAACCAACUUGUGUGAAAGCCUGAGGUACCUGAGCAGACUAUUCUGGAUUCUAUUGGGACAAUCCAAUCCAAGCCAACUGCGCAAUGUUGCGAUUUAUUUAUUCCAUGGUUGCGAUGUUUUCGCGACGGUGUCUCCUAUGGUGUCUCUUAGUCGUUGCCGUUUGCUAACGAGACGAUGUCGCGAGACCCCGACGAAGUGGAGCGUCUGAGUCAUGCGGCAUGCCUCAAAGCCGCCGUACACUACACAGUGGGACGCAUCUGCGAAGACAUGGCCGAGGCAGAGGGAGGACUUCCUGUGCAGCGGGCAACGGUGGCCGCGCUUACUGAACUAGUGCACCACGAAGUGGGCCGUGUGGCUCGCGAGCUUAGUAUGCUGGCACUACACUGUCGCAGAAGCACCGUGACUGCUGACGACGUGCUGUUCAUUGCGAGAAACUCUGGCGAGUUUCACGAGUAUCUCCAGAGCCUGUUGCCUACGCCCAAGAAGAUCGACGGCAAGCGUAAAGUUUCUGCCAAGGGUCCUCAAGAAUGACGCAGUGCGCACUGCCGUUGGAGAUUAGCCCGGUCGCGUCCUCGAAAUACUGAUCUUGUGAACAGAAAGGUGUUAAUGACCUAACACACAGCCAUCAUUUGUUUCCUUUUCGCCAUGAUUGGUGUUGCGGGUUUUCCCCCCUUACCAGAAGUGAUGGUAGCGUUUGUUCACGUCAGCCGCGCACAUGAAUUUUUAUUUUUUAUCAACAUUGCCACGUGUGAAUCCAACGAUAAUUGUAUGGUGCCCCGAUGCAGCUACUGAUGCUUACCUCUGAACUGUCUUUUUUGGCUAUGUGUAACAGUAUUGAAUUCCUAUGCAACGCAAUAUACAAAAAAAGACCUUUGUCAAGAACCAGAAUUGUUAACAGAGCUGCGUUAGUACAGCUAGACUGACUGAUACUGUUAAGCACACUGAGAUAUGCAAGUUUCAGGGGAGAAACAUGCAUAAGACUAUAACUGUACUAGCUGUGCUGAGCACAAGAAAUGCACAAUUAAAGACACAAAAAAGAAAA